CCAAACGUACAACAGAAUACACAUCUCUCCAUCAAAUCUCUCUCUCUCUCUCCCAUCUCGAUUAAUUACCGUUACCGUUACCGUUUUUUUUGCUGUUGUUGUUGUUGCUGUGACGCCCACUGGCGGGAAGUUUUGAAAUAUUGCGCGGCUUCGCAAUAAAAUUUUUUUUACACCUGUGGGCACCGUUUUUGUGAAGCCAAUCAAAUCAAGAGAAUCAAGAAGAAACUCUCGCCAAGAAACCCAAACAAAAAUCUAAAAUUUACGCUUCGAAAAAAAACGCAACAAAAAGCAAGAAAGUAUCAGAAGACAAAUCCCUCGAUUAUGGCUGGACCAUUUAUAUCGCCGCUGCCCGGCGAUCUGCUCACAGAGUACAUGUUCGGACGGAGGCGGCAGCGCCGCAAUCGUACCACAUUUACGCCGCAGCAGCUGCAGGAGCUGGAGGCCCUCUUCCAGAAGACCCACUACCCUGAUGUAUUUCUGCGCGAGGAGGUGGCCCUGAGGAUCAGUCUCAGUGAGGCGCGUGUUCAGGUGUGGUUCCAGAAUCGUCGCGCCAAAUGGCGGAAACAGGCGAGACUGCAGCUGCUCCAGGAUGCGUGGCGUAUGCGCUGCCUCAGCCUGGGCACGCCACCCGUCUUGGCCGGUGCUGGGGCGCAGUCCGGUGGUGGCAGCAAUCGUCCGCCAAGCCAAACGGCCGAGAAUCUAUCCGCUGGCAAGGACUCGCACGCGGGCAGUGACUUGAGCGCCAGCGCGGAUGCUGCCAACUUUACCAUGAUGCAUCCGGCAUUCCAGCAGCACCAGCAGCAGCAACAUCAGCAGCUGGGGCAGGGCCAGGGGCAGGGGCAUGCCCAUAGCCAGGACAAGCUCAAGACCUACACGGAACUGAAGCUGUACAAGGCGCCCGCGCACGGCAUGGAUCUGGGCGGGAUGGCUGCCCUGGCCAGCAACUCCGACGACGGAUCCGAUGGCUCAGACUCUGAGGAGAUCGAUCUCACCUCCGGUGCCUGCAUCGACUUCUCGCAGAGCAGUAAACUCACACAGCAGCAGCAGCAACAGCAGCAGCAGCAGGGCUCAGGACUGGCUGUGGGGCAAGCGGCGGGGGUGGCGCCAGCCAAUGGCGUGCUCUAGAUACUCAUAA